AACGCAAAGGCAGAAUUCAUCUUGUGUUGGAAGCAUUUCCUCCAAAUAUUUAUGAAAUACUUGUUUUUGUUUCGUGCCCUAAAGAACUUUUCAUAGAGGAAAUAUGGGAUGUAUAAAAUCAAAAAGGAAAGAGAAUCUGCAAGGAGAUGGGAUAGAUUUGAAGAAUCAACCAGUACGUAAAACUGAACGAACUAUUUAUGUGAGGGAUCCAACGUCCAAUAAACAGCAAAGGCCAGCAAAUACAGAAGCACAGCUCUUACCAGGACAGAUAUUUGCCAAAGAAGAAAAAGAGGAGCAUGGAGUCAUUGUGGUAGCUUUGUACCCCUACGAUGGCAUUCAUGAAGAUGACUUGUCCUUCAAAAAAGGAGAAAAAUUGAAAGUGAUCGAGGAGCUGGGAGAAUGGUGGAGAGCAAAAUCUCUCACUACAAGGAAGGAAGGCUUCAUUCCCAGCAACUAUGUAGCAAAAGUAGACACCCUGGAAACAGAGGAAUGGUUCUUCAAAGACAUAACACGAAAAGAUGCCGAGAGACAACUCCUGGCUCCUGGAAAUAGUCCUGGUGCUUUCCUUAUCAGAGAAAGUGAAACAUUAAAAGGCAGCUAUUCUCUCUCCAUAAGAGACUAUGAUCCACAGCAUGGUGAUGUUAUUAAGCACUACAAAAUUAGGAGUCUAGACAAUGGAGGAUUUUACAUCUCUCCGAGAAUAACUUUUCCCAACAUCAAUGACAUGAUCAAGCAUUAUCAAAAGCAAUCAGAUGGUUUAUGCAGAAGGCUGGAAAAACCUUGUAUUUGUCCGAAGCCUCAAAAACCAUGGGAUAAAGAUGCCUGGGAAAUUCCACGGGAAUCAAUUAAAUUAGUGAAGAAACUUGGAGCUGGUCAGUUUGGAGAAGUCUGGAUGGGUUACUACCAUAACAGUACAAAAGUGGCUGUGAAGACUCUGAAGCCUGGGACGAUGUCUGUGCAAGCCUUCCUGGAGGAAGCCAACCUCAUGAAAACACUUCAGCAUGAUAAGCUGGUCAGGCUUUAUGCUGUAGUGACCAAAGAAGAACCUAUUUAUAUUAUAACAGAAUUCAUGGCUAAAGGAAGUUUGCUGGAUUUUCUGAAGAGUGAUGAAGGAAGUAAAUUGCUGCUUCCAAAGCUAAUCGAUUUCUCUGCUCAGAUUGCUGAAGGGAUGGCAUACAUAGAAAGAAAAAAUUAUAUCCAUCGAGAUUUGAGGGCGGCGAAUGUGCUGGUUUCGGACUUACUGAUGUGCAAAAUUGCCGAUUUUGGACUCGCAAGAGUCAUCGAAGACAAUGAAUAUACAGCAAGGGAAGGUGCAAAAUUCCCUAUUAAAUGGACAGCGCCAGAAGCAAUUAACUAUGGAUCUUUCACUAUUAAGUCUGAUGUGUGGUCAUUUGGGAUCCUCCUGUAUGAAAUUGUUACAUAUGGAAAGAUUCCUUAUCCAGGUAUGAGCAAUUCAGAUGUGAUGGUUGCUCUUCAGCGCGGGUACCGAAUGCCUCGCAUGGAAACCUGUCCAGCUGAGCUUUAUGAUAUCAUGAAAACAUGCUGGAAAGACAAAGCAGAAGAGAGGCCAACAUUUGAUUAUCUACAGAGUGUGCUUGAUGACUUCUACACAGCAACAGAAGGGCAGUAUCAACAACAGCCAUAG